AAAAGUUCUUUAUUAUUAGGUCAAAAAGUGGAAGAUAAGAAAUUAAUCAUUAAUAGCUGGCAAUCCACGGUCCCUCAAUGGCUCUGAAGUUCCGAACCCGAAGUGCAAACCAAAGCAACUGUUGCAAAAAGUUACCAUAACUUCACUCGAAAUUAAAAACGAAAAUGAAAUGCACUUGUUAAUCGGGUAAUUAAAAAUAGAACACAUUGGAGAUGCGGCCGGCCGCAAUUGCUGCAUUCCCCAAUUGCUGCUAUCCCGCCCCCAACCGCUUUCUUCAUUUCCAUUUCAAAGAAAAACCCUUCAAUCCUCCCUUCUCCACGAACCAAUACCAAAUCAAAAACUUCUGUUCUUUAACUCUCUCCACAACAACCAACAAUUUCAGCAAACCCCAACAAGAGAACGAGAACAGAACAAAUAACUACACAUACCCAGAUCAGAAAUCCACUUUCGUCGACCAAUUUUACUCUUCCUUGAGCAAAAACAACGCAAAUAACCAAGACCCAGAUCCCCAAAGCGAAGAAAAAGAAGAGCAAAAACAUCCCAAAACCAAAUUCUGGGGUUUUCUUAGAGUCAUUUUCACAAACAUGUGGUGGACAGAUUUGAAAGCAGCGGUGGGACAAAGAAUCAAUGUCGAAGGAAUUGUUUUUUCGGUUGGAGUGUUCGUUAAAGACUGCCAAUUGGCGUUGCCCCAUGUUGCAGUGCCUGAUAUAAGGUGUAUUGAUUGGAAUGAGCUCCAUAGAAGAGGGUUUAAAGGUGUUGUUUUCGAUAAGGAUAAUACGAUUACUGCUCCUUAUUCUUUGACGCUUUGGCCUCCUCUCCGGCCCUCUAUUGAGCAGUGCAAAGAUGUUUUUGGUCCUGAUAUCGCUGUGUUUAGUAACUCUGCUGGUCUUUUAGAGUAUGAUCAUGAUGGUUCGAAGGCGACGAAACUAGAAGGGACUAUUGGGAUUAAAGUCAUAAGGCAUCGGGUGAAGAAACCGGCUGGAACAGCUGAAGAAAUCGAGAAACACUUUGGAUGUAAAUCAUCACAUCUUAUCAUGGUGGGUGAUCGGCCCUUUACCGAUAUUGUUUAUGGAAAUCGAAAUGGUUUUUUGACUAUAUUAACUGAGCCAUUAACUCUUGUUGAAGAGCCUUUCAUUGUUAGGCAGGUGCGAAAACUAGAACUGACGCUCAUAAAUUGGUGGUUUAGAAGAGGUUUCAAGCCAAUUAGUCAUAAUUUACUACCAGAUACCAUGCAGUGUGUGAAAGAUCCAUAUCCUCUGUAAGAAUGUUGUGGAUAUAAGUGAAAGUAAUUGUUUAUGCAGUUGAUGACAAUUUUUUGACUCAUGAUAAUUUGCUUUUGCAAACAACGUUAAAUUUUAUUUAAUUCUUUCGCUUAGUACACUGAGUAACAUAACUGCUUCUUGAUUUCAAAACUUUAAAAAAAAAAAAAAGACAGGAAUUUUCUUCCAUUGGGCGGGUUAUUUUCCAUUCAGGUUGAUUUAGAUUCGAGUUGUAUUAAGUUUCGGGUUGAACGGGUUUGGGUUGUUGGCUUUUUAUGACCAAUUGAGUUGAAUCAGGUUUUGGUUUGAGUGAGAUGGAUUUUUUGGAUUUGGAUCAAAAUUGGCAGGUUAAUUUGAUUUCUUUGGUUUGAGAUUAAUUAAAGUCUUGUUACAUCUCAAAUCUAGCCAGUGAGAAGGGCCAGGGAAUUUAGUGGCAAUCCCAGCCAUGUUAGAACAAGAUUUCUGGAUCUAUGCAGGUUUUCUAUAUAAAAGAUAAGGUUGAGUUAUGAUAUCGAUUCAUGGGAUAUUCAUUCAGCAGAAUGUCUUAAUGAACACAAUGUUGGGAAUAAUAUUUCUAAUUAUAUGCUCAAAUAAGUGUUGAAUAAUAAAUUAACGUAACGUUUGGAUAUAUAAUUAGUAGAGGAAAAAAAAAAAGAAAAAUAGAAGAAAAGAAAUGUUAAAAAAAUGCUACCGGAUGCCACUAGUUAAGGUUACUUUGCAUGUCAUUGUGCAUGUCAUUAUUACUUCACUUAUUACAGUCAUUGCGUGCACACUAAAAAAUCCUAAACUCG